AUGGCGUCUUCCGAGGUUGAUCAAAAGUUCCUUGGCAGACUGGCCAGAGCUGUCGAGCACGACAAUCCCUUGUUAUCCUCUAUGCUCUUCAAAAUUCUCGGCCUCUCACUGAACCUCGCCGAGCAACUCGUCGCUGCCAAGAAGCAGCGCAAACCCACGCCUGUUACAUCACCUCUUUUCCUCCGACGUAUUCUACACAUCCUAUGGCUCUCACGCGAGGGCCUUGUCAUGCUACAGCAAUAUGUCAUUCCUAUGGUUGGCAACUAUGUCGAGCUCAAGGUCCUAGCCUACAAGCUUCGUGCCAGCUUUCAUCACAUAUUUGUUCUCUUCCACAACUCGCCACCUGUGUCAACCAUUGGUAGCUGGACCCCGGAGGCGAUAUCUGCUGCCUUUGCACCAAUCUACAAGGACAACCACGGGCUGCUUGGUGUCGAUGGCGAUCCCAUUUCUCGCUCGUCUUCUGUUCAGCCUACCCAUGCGCUAGAAGGCGGACCUGUCGGGCCACCACCCGGCUUUGAGACGCAAGUUGCGCUUCUACCCCCGUCAUUUCUACUGCCCGAAAAGGACUAUCUGCCAAAAGCCCACGAAUACUUUCAAGAAGCGAUGGAUUUGGCCGACCAAUUGCUCUGGGGCUCACACUCGUUGCGGCUCUCCGUUAAAACCGAAUAUGCCGCCUUUCUAUAUGAGUGCGUUCACGAUGCCGAAGCGAGCCGACAACUUGCCAAAAAGACUGUUGCCGAGGUCUACGACGCGACAGAGGGCAUGGACGACGACAUGUUUCGAGACGCCUGUGAACUAGUUACGGUGCUCGGCAAGAUGAUGAAGAGAGGGUUAGGCACCACCAGCUCUGUCACAAAGGGGAAACGUGUCGAGGUCACUCCUUCCACGCCACCAACUGCGAGACUACUGCCAGGAAUGGAAAACGCCAUAUAA